AUGGCUUGCGAGCUUGCAUUGUCUUGGUGGAGGAUGAUUCUUCUUUCGGGGUUGAUUUUUCGAAGAUCGGUGACGACUUUUGGUAAACAAAUGGUGGUAUACCAAUCCGCAGUAACAGUUCUUUGCUCAUUAAGAGGAAUUGUUGCAAUAUGACCUGCUUUUGACACAAAUGUCGCGACCAUCUUUUUCGAAACACUUCGAGAAUGGAUGACUUUUGUUGGC